UUGUUAACGUCGCGGAGUCCUUAACUGAAUGAUUCCACAUGAAUUUAUCAUUUAAUAAUUAUAAUUAAUCUGAGUAAUGUAAGAAAAAGCUGUGUAAGGAAAUUCAUGAAGUAUUAUCAAAGUCUUGGCCUGGUAAAUAUGCUGUGAAGAUUCAGAGGCACUCAGUUUAAAGCACAAGUCCAUUCGUUCAAGACGAGCGAGUAGUUCUACUCCACACUUCUUGGAAGACUUAGCCCUCGUCUGGCUGCUAAGCUGAUGGAAAUACGCUGCUUAACAGAAAUAAAGUGCACUAUUUGAUAGCAAGUUCAUAGAUAAGUGAUACACAAAGAGCAAGCGAUAAAAAAAGGAAACGUACAGUAAAAGAAGACCUCAACUGCUGUUUGUCGUGUAUUACUAUCUGGAAAUACUACUAUCUGGAAAUCAUUUAAUGGCGUACCAGUAGCACACUUGCCUCUCACCUCUGGUUUCUCGGUUUGAUUCCUGGACUUGCCAUUAAAUCUAUCAUUCGAGCGGCUAGCAGUUGCACAAGUACUUGACGGAUCUUGAUCAUCUGAUUCUAAGAGAAAUUUAACUUUUAUGAAAUUACAAACCGUCGCAGAGCGAUUAGCAUUAUCAUCAAGCGGCUAUAUAUGGUUGGUAAAUUAUUUCUUGACUUAAUAGUGAUGUGUAAUGUGGAGAGCAGAGUUUUUAUAAGACGGUCUCUACCAACCAAUGGUUUAUGUUAAUUUGUGCGACAACCAUAAAGUUCAAGAGGAGAGCACAGUUUUUAUAAGACGGUCUCUUUCAAGCAAUGGUCUACGUUGUUUUGUACGACAAGCAUAAGAUUCAAGCGAAGAGCGCAGUUCAAAAGACAAUCUCUUCCAGGCAAUGGUUAGUGUUGAUUUGUUUGACAAGCAUAAAAUUCAUGAGAGCGCRCAGUUUUCUAAAGACGGUCUCCUCCAAAAUAAGAUAAUAGUGUGUUGGUUUGUGCGAGCUUAAAAAUCCAAUAGAAAGRCGAAACCCUGGACACUUGAGAAGGACUUUUCUUAAAGUUACAUGCCGCGAGAGAAAACAAGAAGUAUAGCAAAUAUGACAGCCAACUGGUCAAAUCCUCCUCGAGUAGAUUUUACUGCCAUGUUAAACCAAACUGCCUCAGAUUCUGAGGAGAGUUUCGAUGUAAGUGUUGUCCAACUCAUGUGUUUCCCGCUUAUCAUCGCGUUUGGGCUCAUUGGAAACACGUUAAUCUGUGUUGCUGUUCGUCGGCGCUCAAGACUUCGUAUCAUCGACUGCUUCAUCCUGAACCUCGCAGCUACAGAUCUAGCAACUUGCAUGAUCAGCAUCCCGUUUGACUUUGUGGAAGUUUUGACUGGAAAUUGGCCAUUUGGRUCCAUUCUUUGUAAAGUGGUCUAUCCUCUACAGACUAUACUGAUAUCUGUAUCGGUCUAUACUUUACUAUGCAUGAGCCUAGAACGCCGGAGGACAAUUAUACGACCUUUUAAACCUAAAGUCAAGAUCUGGAGAGUGUUUAUCGUGAUUUUGAUUCUAUGGGUAUUCAGCGUGUUUCUAGUGGCGCCGUACAUCGCAAUACUCGAUGUUGGGUACACUAAUAACUCGAGUGAUUGCCAAGAACACUGGCCAGAAAACACCUACGCCAAGGCCUAUACGCUGUCUUUAUUCAUUGUAAUUUUUCUGUUGCCCUUGUUUGCGAUUACUGCUAACUAUGUAACCAUCAGCUCGAAGCUUUGGAAGGACAUUGAGCGCAUUAGGAAAGCUAUUGGCGAGGUACCAAGCCAGGGGAAAAAACAUCUUAUCAAGGCAAGGGCUCAGAGAAACAUGAGAAUUGUCAAGAUAUUUGUUCUUGCGGUUGUUGUGUUUGGGCUGUGUAUGGUACCUUACCAUAUCAUGUGGAUUUGGCACGACUAUGGGUCUGGUUCCCACUACAAACAUUUUGGUACUAUUCUCGUGUUUUGCAAUAUCUUGACGUACUCUAAUUCCGCCAUCAAUCCUUUUAUUUUUGUUUUUCUUCACUCGCGAUACUGCAAAGACAUCCUCGCGCUUCUCCCUUGCGGUACCUGUCGGAGCCGACUUUGCAUAUUCCAUACCAAUACCUCAAAAAAGCACUUUAAAAACUAUACUAAGAAAAAGCGUAACGCUUAUACAAAAAGGACAGGUGCUUUUCGACGAAGAAAUGACCCUAACGCGCGCGAUGAGGUUUUCUAUCAUGGACAGCCGUGGAGUAACACUGCUCUUAUACGUGCUGAAGCCUGGAAUGCCGAAAGUGUCGGGAAACCCAACAGACAAAGACUGAAAUCAUGGAGGCGAAUCUGCCAAAUGGAAUAUCUUAAGGAAGCAAAGGAAGGAGAAAAAGAUUUAGAACUUAAUAUAGAACCUGUUAUACGACCGCGAAAACCGAGGGUCAAUUUUGGUGGCGAGAGAAUCAUACAUAUUGAUGAAUAUAAUAACGUUGAAAUGGAAUCGGCCAUAUAGAUUAACUUAGUAGACUCAGCGAGAAAAUUUGUAAACAUAGGUCCAGUUCUCAAGAUAUUGAGAUAAAGAGACAUGCGUAAUGAUCUUAAAUACCCGUCGCCAGCUGAGAGAAAUCGAAAAAAUCUAAAGUUCUCCUUUUCAAUUUAGCAUCGUUGACUGAAAGAAUUCGCUCUAAAAGUAAUAGAAUUUCUAGUUAAGCAUUCCAUACAGCGCUUUUCCUCUUAAAAACAAUGAAAUAAAACCCCGACUGUGUUCUUUACUUCCUGUUAUGAAACAACGAAUAGUGAGAGCUGCCUAAAUUAUGAAUCAAAUAAUGUGUGGUUUGUGCUUAACAUUCUAAUGACUUGGUUUUAUUUACAAUUGUGGUUUAUGUUCAAGACCUUUUUGUAUUCAUCUCUGACCACGAGGUACCCAUUUGCUGAUCCAUCAAUUUCUUUAAUCACUUGGUGUGAUUGUACGUCCUGCUGAUUCAAAUAGAUUUUUUUUCUUUCGUUAUGUUUMAUGAAUUUUCGAAAAAUCUGUUAAAACAGAUUGUCUGGUUGAAGUAACGAUCGUAAGGACUUCUUUGCGACUCAUUAUUUCUUUUAUUGAUUGCCUUCUUUAUUCAUUUAUUUACUCAUUUUCUUUCUUUCUUCCUUC